AGUUUAGCACCAUCUUUUCCAUCUCCUGCUCCUUCCGCCUUUCCGCCUUCCCGCCAUCCGGCCUCCACACGAUUGAGCCCGGUGGUGUUAGCCCCCUGGAGUCGAUUCCCGAGGUAAACAGUGCCCCUUAAGGUCGGCGACAGCCUCUUCUGGGUUCAUUGCAGUCCAACCGGCUCCCUACCCGCCGCCAUUAUGAACAUCCGCAACGCUCGGCCAGACGACCUGAUGAAUAUGCAACACUGCAACCUCCUUUGCCUUCCUGAGAACUACCAGAUGAAAUACUAUUUAUAUCAUGGCCUUUCAUGGCCCCAGCUUUCUUACAUCGCUGAGGAUGAGGACAGGAAGAUUGUGGGCUAUGUCCUGGCCAAAAUGGAGGAGGACCCAGAUGAUGUCCCGCACGGCCAUAUCACCUCACUGGCCGUGAAGCGUUCACACCGGCGCCUCGGCCUGGCCCAGAAGCUGAUGGACCAGGCCUCCAGGGCCAUGAUAGAGAACUUUAACGCCAAAUACGUGUCUCUGCACGUCAGGAAGAGUAACCGGGCAGCCUUGCACCUCUAUUCUAACACUCUCAACUUUCAGAUUAGUGAGGUGGAACCUAAAUACUAUGCAGAUGGGGAAGAUGCUUAUGCUAUGAAGCGGGAUCUCUCGCAGAUGGCAGAUGAGCUGAGACUACAAGUGGACCUGAAGAAGGGCGGGUAUGUGGUCCUGGGCUCCAGAGAGAACCAGGAGACCCAGGGCAGCACACUUUCUGGUUCUGAAGAGGCCUGUCAACAAAAGAACCCGGCUACCGAAGAAAGUGGGAGUGACAGCAAAGAACCUAAGGAGUCUGUGGAGAGCACCAACGUCCAGGACAGCUCAGAAAGCUCGGAUUCCACCUCCUAGAGCAUGCUUAAGGUAUUCUGUCU